UAAUAGGAGCGCCUGGAAACUGCUUACAAACGUGUUCACGGUUAACGUUAACAAAUUCGUUUCUGUUCUCCUGCGGUUGUGUUUAUUUGUUCAGACUAGUCGCGGUUGUGUUUAUUUGUUCAGACUAGUAGGGGUUGCUAUUAAGAUUACUGAUGAUGUGUUAGGGAUGGAGGAAGCUUUUAAUUUGUGCCGUCUGCAGGUAGUCAACACUAGUUGCGGGUUGAUGGCUCACACGAUGAGCUGCAGGCGAGAGGACCAAAGAAGCACCUCAAGCGCGUGGCAGCGCCGAAGCACUGGAUGCUGGAUAAAUUGACCGGGGUUUUCGCCCCCCGCCCGUCCACGGGCCCACACAAGCUGCGCGAGUGCCUUCCCCUCAUUAUCUUCCUGCGGAACAGGCUGAAGUACGCCCUGACUGGAGACGAGGUCAAGAAGAUCUGCAUGCAGAGGUUCAUCAAGGUCGACGGGAAGGUCCGCACCGACAUCACCUACCCCACGGGUUUCAUGGAUGUGAUCAGCAUUGAGAAAACCGGAGAGCACUUCCGGUUGAUCUAUGACGUCAAGGGCCGCUUCACUGUCCACCGUAUCACAGCAGAGGAAGCCAAAUAUAAGCUCUGCAAGGUAAGGAAGCUCAUCAUCGGCACAAAGGGGGUUCCGCACCUGGUGACGCACGACGCCCGCACCAUCCGCUACCCCGACCCCCUCGUCAAGGUUAACGACACCGUCCGCAUCGACCUGGACAGCGGCAAGAUCACGGAGUUCAUCAAGUUUGACACGGGUAACCUGUGCAUGGUGACCGGUGGUGCUAACUUGGGGCGGAUCGGCGUGAUCACCAACAGGGAGAAGCACCCUGGCUCCUUCGACGUGGUGCAUGUCAAAGACAGCACUGGAAACAGCUUUGCGACCAGACUGUCCAACAUCUUCGUCAUUGGCAAGGGGAACAAGCCGUGGGUGUCCCUGCCGCGCGGGAAGGGCAUCCGGCUCACCAUUGCUGAGGAGAGGGACAAGAGACUGGCCGCCAAGCAGGGGAGCAGCUGAGCCCCACACCACUGACGUCAAAUAAAACUCUAUUUAUCCCCAGCA